AUGCUCGCUCGUCGUCGCCAGCGUAAGGCAGAGGAAGAGGCGAGGAUAGCUGAGCUGGUUGCACAGUAUGAGCGCAGUGCACUCUUACUCUUUGGCCCCCGCCCGAGAUCUCCCGGUCGACAUAGUACAGGCGAAUUGUGGUGGUGUAAGCACUAUCAGUGGUUGAAGGACAGCGGGUAUUUGCUCCGCAGUCGCUAUGCUCCAGACUGGUUCCCUUCAUGGAAAACCACCAAUGUAUCAUGGGUGGAGUGUGAAGAUAGACAAGGUCCACUCGUAGAGCAGGUGUUGGAUGCCACUCGAAUAUCUGAUGGGGCCUUUGUAACUUUGAAGUUGUUCAAAAAGUCACUACAUCCUUUCGAGAUUGAAAUAGGCCAGUUCUUUUCGACAGAACCACUUUUAUCCGACCCUGCCAACCAUUGUGUACCAUUUUACGAUGUGCUUGUUGUACCGGAUGACGAGGAUCGUGCUAUUAUUGUGAUGCCUUUAUUGCGUUUUUUCGACAAUCCGCCCUUCGACACUUUCGGGGAAGUGGUCGACUUUCUUCGCCAAAUUUUCGUAGGUUUACGAUUCAUGCACAAACAUCACGUCGCCCAUCGUGACUGCUUGAAUCUAAACAUCAUGAUGGAUGCAACACCUCUAUUUGUCGACCCGUAUCACCCUCAAGAUCUUGAAAUGAAACGCGAUUACACAGGGCGGGUUAGCUAUUACACUCGUACCCAGCGUCCGCCAAAAUAUCUAUUUGUCGAUUUUGGUAUAUCACGCCGCUAUGGUCCUAAUGAUAUAGCUCCUCUGGAAGAUCCGAUAUGGGGAGGUGAUAAAACAGUUCCAGAAUUCCAGCAGUCGAAUGAGCCUCGCAAUCCAUUCCCAACAGACGUAUACUAUCUGGGAAAUAUGAUCAGGGACUCAUUCUUGCUGGCCAAAACAGGUUUUGAAUUCGUGGAACCGUUGGUGAAAGUCAUGGUACAGGAUGACCCAGAAAAGCGGCCCAACAUGGAUGAAGUCAUUGUGCGGUUUGAAGGGAUCAUCAAGCAACUAAACAGCUGGAAAUUGCGAUCACGCGUCAUUAACGAGCACGAUGACAAUAUUUUUGGUUUUUAUCGUUGUGUCACUCAUUGGGCCCGCCGCUUCAGCUUUGUUAUCAGGAGGGUGUCUGCCAUACCAACACCGUGAAACUGUCAUACCUGCUACAUGUACUUCUGGAUCUAUCUGAAGAACUAGUUGGUGUGUUGGGCAUUCUACGUGCAGUCCAUAUGGCCAGUGCCUUUAAGACUGAAGUUACGUGCAGCCAGAAUGUAAUAUAUCAUCGCCCGCUGGGCAGCCCUGGACCGGCUUACCAGGAAAGACCAA